AUGUCAUCGGGAACAACCACAAGUCCCAUCGACCCAGCCCGCUUCGCUAUGGCCCUUGAAUCCCUCCCCCUUGACGCGCUUCACUCUAAAGCGGCUGAAAUACGGAACAGCAUAUUACACCUCCGCCACAGCAACGAACAAAUGAUGCCCUUUGCCGACGAAGGCGACCAGGAUUGCAAGGAUGCCAUGUUCGAGAACCUUACCGUGAUUGGGCGCAUGAAUAUGAGGGUGCAUUUACUGAAGGCGGAGGUGGAGAGAAGGGGUAUGAUUUGGGUGGAGGAUCCGAGUGAUCUGAGACAGGCACCAUUGGAAGGUGACGCGGUUGUGGUUGAGCGGCAACAGGAUGGUGCGGAAGGUGGAGUCAAUGGUGUGGGACAUGCCAACGGGGCAUUAGAGAAUGGUACCACAGAUAGCAGAAGUGCUGCGCGUGCGCCUAGUGGGAGGCUCACGGACGAGGAGCUACGGCGACAGAUUGAGGCGCAGAUGGGAGUAGAUGCGGACGAGGAGGAGGAGGAGGAUGGAGUACAUCUGUGA